AUGGGGGGCAUGGUGUUCCAUGAGCAUGCAAAUGGUUGUAAUACUGAGAAGAUUGCUGCUUCACCUCAGUUUCGUGGUACUGAUAAGCAUUAUUCAUCAUCAAUCUCCGCGGUACCCAAGACAUUUGAUAUAGUAACAUAUGGUGGAGUACCUAAUGGAGAUAUAACCCAGGCUCUUAGAAAUGCUUGGAAUGAUGCAUGUGCAUCAAAUGUUAGCAGCAUAGUAAUGGUCCCAAGAGGAACAUUCAAGAUGCACGGUUUGGCUCUCUAUGGAAGUUGCAAGGCUCCUAUUGAAGUUAAAGUUGAUGGAAUAAUCCAAGGCCCAGAAAAUCCUAGUGAUCUCCAAAAUGAAAAAACUUGGCUUACUUUUUCAGACAUUGACUCAUUCACUUUAUCAGGUUCAGGUAUUUUUGAUGGUCAAGGUGUUAGCCAUCCUUGGACACAAGAUGAUUGUACAAAACAAAACGCAGGAACCUGCAAACCCUAUAAUUUAGCAUUCAAUUCCGUGAACAACUUAGUUAUUCGAGGCGUAACUACAAAGGAUAGUAGAGGCUUUCAUGUGAAUGUAAAUGGAUGCAAUAAUGUGACAAUUGAUGACUUCACUGUGAGUGCUCCAGCAAACAGUAUCAACACCGAUGGACUUCACAUCUCAAAAUCCACCAAUGUGAGCGUUGUAAACUCUAGAAUUGGUACUGGAGAUGAUUGUGUCUCAUUAGGUGCUGGAGAUAAGCAAAUAAUGGUCCAAAAUGUGAAUUGUGGACCUGGACAUGGCUUUAGUGUUGGAAGCCUCGGAGGAAACCCAAAAGAACUGCCUGUGGAUGGCUUCACUGUUAGGAAUUGCACACUUAAUGGCACAUCUAAUGGAGUUAGGGUUAAGACUUGGGCCGAUAAACCAGGAAAUAUUUCAAUCUCCAAUCUUUUUUUUGAAGACAUCACAAUGAUCAACGUACAGAAUCCAAUCAUCAUAGAUCAAGAGUAUUGUCCAUCAAAAGAUUGCCCCAACAAGAAGCCAUCAAAAAUACAGAUAAGCAAUGUGACAUUCAAGAAUAUUAGAGGCACUUCAGCGUUCCAAUAUGCAGUAGUUCUGAAUUGCAGUAAAGAGAAACCAUGCCAGAAUGUGCAAUUUAACAACGUUGAUAUCAAAUUAUCAAAUGGAUCUCUCCCAUUAGCAACGUGCAUUAAUGUUGACCCUAUAGAAAUCGGAAAGGCUACUCCUUCUUGCAAACCUUAGCACCAUAGAAUCAAGGCCUUUUUUAUCUCUUAAUGCAGGAUAGAGUGUGCAUCCUCCUAGUUAGGUGAUGAGGAUUUGCAGUUUUUUAGAAUAAGUAUUUGAAAAUUGAGCUAUGUAUUGUAAAGAUUCUUUUCCUACGAUAAUGCAUGCAUAUUUGUCUGAGUAUUUUAUAAAAGAUUAUUUGUUAGUAUU